CGGAGCCCGGUGAGCGGGUGCCCGACGCCCUUGCCCCCGAGGUCAUGCCAUUCAUCCGCGCCGCCGACGAGGUCGAGCCGUUCAACCCGCGGGUCGCCUUCCUAUGUCGAAAAUAUGCCUACAAGAAAGUUCAAAGAAUGGAUCCAUCAUCUAUCCAACGUGGAGUUCGGCAGUUCAAAACAUACAUGUCACUUAAGCUAGAUCAGGAUGAUACACAAUUUCUUGUCAAUGAUGCAAAGGAGAUUCAACGAUUUUAUAAGCACUACUGUGAUAAUUUAAUCAGAACUUCCCAAAGAACAAACUUUGACGAAUUGGCUAGAUAUUACCAAGUGGCAUCUGCUCUUUAUGAAGUGUUAAAAGAUGUUACAAACAACAAAGUUGAUUCUGAGGUGAUGAAGUGUGCUAAAGUGGUUGAGGAAAAGAGUGGUCAUUUCAGGAGUUACAAGUACAACAUAGUCCCCCUCAAUUUUCCUGGUUCUUCCGAAGCAGUUCUGGAACUCCCGGAGAUAAAAAGUUCUAUUGAUGCAAUACGGAACACAGAUGGUCUUCAAAAGCCGCACAUGUCUUCAAUUCACAGGGAAGGAAAAUCUAUCCGGGAUUUACUUGACUGGCUUUCACUAGCAUUUGGAUUUCAGAACUCGAAUGUGCAAAAUCAGAGAGAAAACAUGAUUUUACUGCUUGCAAAUAUUAGCACAAGGACUUCAGGACAGGAAGGGCUUCCUUUGGUUGACACUGUGAAUGAUUUGGGGGAAAAGAUAUUUGGAAAUUAUGAAUCAUGGUGUAACUAUUUGCAUCUUAGUUCAAGAAUCAUGAUCAAUUAUGAUGGUGCACUAAAGAAGCAGCAGCUAAUGCUUCUCCACAUUGGAUUGUACCUUCUUAUCUGGGGCGAGGCUUCAAAUGUUCGGUUUAUGCCUGAGUGCUUAUGCUACAUAUUCCACCAUAUGGCAAAUCAGUUGAAUGAAAUGGUUGAGGAAAACUAUUUUCAGCCACCACCUGGGUUUGAAGAAGAGGGAUCAUUUCUAAAAGUUGUCAUUGAACCUAUCUACAAGGUUCUGCAGAAAGAAUCACAAAGAAGUAAAGGUGGUACAGCUGGUCACUCAGCUUGGAGAAAUUAUGACGACUUGAACGAACAAUUUUGGUCAGAGAAAUGUUUUAUGAAGCUUGGCUGGCCAUGGGAUCUCAGAGCAGACUUCUUUCAUCAGGCGGGUCGUACAACAAGAAAGCCAAAAACAAAUUUUGUUGAAGUCCGUACGUUUCUGCACCUGUUUAGAAGUUUUAAUCGUAUGUGGGUGUUUUUUAUACUGGCGUUCCAGGCAAUGCUAAUAAUUUCAUGGAGUUCCUCUGGAUCACUUUCUGGAAUUGCUGAUGUAACUGUUUUCAGAAGCGUUUUAAGUGUCUUUAUAACUGCAGCCCUACUCAACUUCAUAAAAGUUAUUCUUCUUAUGUGGUGGAUUCAGCCAAGAUUGUAUGUGGCACGUGGUAUGCAUGAAAACAUAUUGUCCAGUUUUAAGUAUGUCUUCUUUUGGGUUGUGUUGCUCACCUGCAAGCUUGCAUUCAGUUUCUAUGUUGAGAUAUCCCCCAUGAUUGACCCAACAAAGUUUAUUCUUAAUCAAGUAGUCGGGAAUUAUGAAUGGCACGAAGUCUUCCCUUUCUUGCCACACAACCUCGGUGUUGUCAUUACUAUAUGGGCACCAAUUGUUUUGGUGUACUUUAUGGACGCACAAAUAUGGUACGCUAUUUUCUCCACCGUCUUUGGGGGCGUUUCAGGUGCCCUCAGUCAUGUUGGUGAGAUACGUACCCUAGGUAUGUUGAGGGUCAGAUUCAAAUCAAUGCCAGAUGCUUUUAGGAAAUGCCACGUGGCAACACACAAAGAGCAAGCACUUGAUGUGAGGAGCUUCUUUUGUGUUUGGAAUUCAUUCAUCAACUCCUUACGAGAGGAAGACUUCAUUAGUGAUAGAGAGAAGGACAUAUUGAUGGCUCCAUCAUCUUCAAAUAAUUUAUCGGUUGUUCCAUGGCCUCCUUUCCUCCUUGCUAGCAAGGUACCCACAGCUCUCCAUAUGGCCAUGACUUCCAAAGAGGGGGAUGUCCAUGAGCUGAUCGAGAAAAUCAAAUUAGACAAGGACAGAUACAAUGCAGUUAUAGAAUGCUACGAAUCCUUGACAAAAAUAGUUGUUAGUCUUCUGCUAGACUAUAACGAUAAAAAAAUCGUCCAUGAUAUUGGUAAUAUAGUGCAAAAUAGUAUGGAAAAUAACACACUUUUGGAGGACUUUGAAAUGGCAGAGAUCGGCAAAGUCAGCAACACAUUGGCAAAAUUAUUACAACUACUGAAGAGUGAACCUACUGAUGGUUCUACAGAGAGAAAAAUUGUUAAUGCAUUGCAAGAUUUUAUGGAAAUCAUUACACGAGAUUUUAUGAAAGAUGGUCAUGGUAUUUCGAAAGAUGAGAAUGAGAGGAAGCAGAGUUUCACGAAUUUAAAUAUGAAAGUUAUCAAGGAGGCCGUUUGGAGGGAGCAGGUUGUCCGGCUGCAUUUAUUGUUAACUAUGAAUGAUUCUGCAAUGGACGUCCCUACAAAUUUGGAUGCUCGCCGAAGGAUCACCUUCUUUGCAAACUCACUUUUUAUGAAAAUGCCGAGAGCACCCCAAGUGCACGAUAUGAUAUCCUUUAGUGUGUUGACUCCAUAUUAUAAUGAGGAAGUACUAUAUUCAUCCCAUGAACUAAACAGAAAGAAUGAAGAUGGUAUCUCAAUUUUGUUUUAUCUACAAAAGAUUUAUCCAGAUGAAUGGAAGAACUUUCUAGAGCGCAUUGGAGUUGAUUCAGAUAAUGAAGAGGAAGUAACAGGAUGCAUGGAUGAUAUCCGUAUAUGGGCGUCUUUCCGUGGUCAAACACUUGCCAGAACUGUGAGAGGAAUGAUGUACUAUAGACAAGCUCUUGAGCUUCAAUGCUAUGAAGAUAUGAAAAAUAAUCAAGAUUUGGGUGGAGACAAAUUUGCAAGGUCCAAGGCUGUUGCUGAUAUCAAAUUCACUUAUGUUGUUGCCUGUCAACUCUAUGGCAUGCACAAGGCAUCCAAGGAUUCCAGAGAAAGGGGUCUCUACGAGAACAUCUUAAAUCUGAUGCUAACGUAUCCUGCUUUGCGGAUUGCUUACAUUGAUGAGAAGGAAGAGCCAUUACCAAAUGGUAAACUAGAGAAACAUUAUUACUCCGUUCUUGUGAAAGGUGACGAUGAGGAAAUUUACCGGAUAAAGCUGCCCGGUAAACCAACAGAAGUCGGAGAGGGGAAGCCUAAUAAUCAAAAUCAUGCCAUAAUCUUCACUAGAGGAGAGGCACUUCAAGCAAUUGACAUGAACCAGGAUAACUAUCUUGAAGAAGCAUUUAAAAUGAGAAAUCUGUUGGAAGAGUUCCUUAUUAAACAUGGAAAGUCUAAACCAACAAUAUUGGGUGUUCGCGAGCAUAUUUUUACAGGAAGUGUUUCAUCACUUGCCUGGUUUAUGUCGAACCAAGAGACCAGCUUUGUUACUAUUGGACAACGUGUUCUUGCAAAUCCUCUCAAGGUACGAUUCCACUAUGGUCACCCUGACGUUUUUGAUAGAAUCUUUCACAUCACGAGGGGUGGCAUAAGCAAGGCCUCAAAGGUUAUUAACCUUAGUGAGGACAUCUUUGCAGGGUUCAAUUCAACCCUACGGCGAGGAAAUGUUACCCAUCAUGAAUACAUACAGUUGGGUAAAGGACGCGAUGUUGGAAUGAACCAAAUAUCCAACUUUGAGGCCAAGGUGGCAAAUGGAAAUGGUGAGCAAACACUAUGUCGUGAUGUUUAUCGCCUAGGACACAGAUUCGAUUUCUACAGGAUGUUGUCUAUGUACUUCACCACGGUUGGCUUCUACUUCAAUAGCAUGGUGGCCGUUCUUACAGUGUAUGUAUUUCUAUAUGGGAGGUUAUAUCUGGUUUUGAGUGGCUUAGAAAAGUCCAUUCUCCAAGAUUCACGGAUUAAAAACAUCAAGCCCUUUGAAAAUGCACUUGCCACUCAAUCUGUAUUCCAACUUGGGACGUUGCUCAUCCUCCCGAUGAUAAUGGAGGUUGGCUUGGAGAAAGGGUUCGGUAAAGCCUUGGCUGAGUUUGUAAUGAUGCAACUUCAGUUAGCUCCUAUGUUUUUCACUUUUCAUCUUGGAACAAAGACUCACUACUAUGGAAGGACUAUACUUCAUGGUGGUGCGAAAUACAGAGGUACAGGACGGGGGUUUGUUGUACGGCAUGCAAAGUUUGCUGAGAAUUACAGAAUGUAUUCACGGAGCCACUUUGUGAAAGCAUUGGAGCUGCUCAUUCUCUUGGUCGUUUAUCUAGCAUACGGGAGUUCUUACAGGAGCUCAAGUUUGUAUGUAUACGUCACAAUUUCGAUGUGGUUCCUUGUUUUCUGCUGGUUGUUUGCACCUUUUGUCUUCAACCCAUCAUGCUUUGAGUGGCACAAGACUGUUGAUGACUGGACGGAUUGGUGGAAGUGGAUGAACAAUAGAGGUGGUAUUGGCCUGGCACCUGAGCAAAGUUGGGAGGCUUGGUGGGUGAGUGAACAUGAGCACCUGAAGAGUGGAACAAUACGUAGCUUGCUCUUGGAGCUCAUCCUAUCGCUCCGCCUCCUCAUCUACCAAUAUGGUAUUGUAUACCACUUGCACAUAGUGCAUGAGAACAAAAGCUUCAUGAUAUACGCACUAUCAUGGCUGGUUAUUGCUAUCGCGCUUGUUUCAUUAAAGGUUGUUUCAUUAGGGAGAGAGAAGUUUGUAACGAAGUUUCAACUUGUAUUCCGUAUACUCAAGGGCAUUGUCUUCAUUAUCCUUAUCAGUCUGAUGGUCCUCUUAUUUGUUGGUUUUGAUCUCGCUGUGUCAGACGUUGGUGCCAGUAUCUUGGCCUUCAUCCCAACUGGCUGGUUUAUUCUUUUGAUUGCGCAACUUUGUGGACCACUGUUUCAGAGGUUAGUCAUCGAGCCACUUCGCGUGCUGUGUUGCUCCUGCUGCCCUGGUGGUGCAUGCAGAGGGCCUUGCUGCGCCAAGUUCAGGCAGAGGAGCGGGGCUGUGCUCCAUAAGAUAGGGCCAUGGGACUCCAUACGAGAGAUGGCAAGGAUGUACGAGUACACCAUGGGGAUCCUCAUCUUCCUGCCCAUUGCUGUCCUCUCGUGGUUCCCCUUCAUGUCAGAGUUCCAGACACGUCUGCUCUUCAACCAAGCCUUCAGCCGAGGUCUGCAGAUAUCGAGAAUCCUCGUUGGGCAGGAUGGGAGGGGUGCAAAGCGGGAAUGAUAUGUUGCUGGCCAGCUGUAGGUUUCAGUUUAACCUGUAUUUAUCGCAAAAGUUCAUGACGUGCAGUUUGUAAAGUGAGAUCGCAGUGGUUGUGACCACUUCCAUUUAUAUUGGCAUUGGAUUUGGAAUGGGCAUUGUUGGGGUGGGAUAAGAACUGCCUACAUGUUUGAAUUUUGGUUACACCUUCUGUUGUAGCCGAGGAUUAAUCAUGUGCAACUUCGCAUUUA